AUGGUGGCGGGGCUUGGACGAGGAAAGGAUGCUUCGAUCGGCAAAGAUGAAAGUGAAGUUGGUCACGAGGUGUCAGUCAGAGGAUCGCCGUCACCACUGUACCGGAGAUUUCUUGCCAACCUACGUCGUCUGAGAGGUGUGCCAUGUGGGCGACAGUACACUCGCGUCAGCAUUGGGUGCAUUCUUCCUCCAGGAGGCGAGACUCACAUUCAUCCAACGGAGUGGAAUGAACGUUGGGUGGAGGACAAAGUCAACGCAGCCGAAGAAGACGAAAUCAGCAAUUGUCUUUGCCUGAUGAGGGAGAUGAAACGCGGCUACUCCGUCUCCCUGCUGUGGUUCAAGAGAAACGUCAUCGUUGUGCGCAUUUUCAUUAUCCUCGGCGACGUACUCACUUUUGGCAUAUUUCUGUGGGUACUGGUCUUCGCGACGUACCUCCUCACCGACCCUGCCAUUGAGAAGCAGCACAUUAUCGGCAUCAUAAACAAUGACACGAUGCCAUACCCACCGCAACCCGACUUCGAUAUCCAAGAACACAUCUCAACCAUAGUUGCUUAUCAUCUUGGUGUUGAUGUGGCAGUGGUGUGGUUGUUGAAUUAA